UAUUUAUUUAUUUGAUAUCGUCAACAAUAUAGUACUUUCUUAUAGACUAUCAGUCAACAACCUCAAAUUAUUUCUUCCUCCUUCAUCUCAGUGUCUGAAAGCUAGGGCCCUUUCGGCCUACAUUCCAAGUGAUUGAGAACUCAUUUUUCAAACCUAUUAACUUUAUUUAUUUUAUUUAUAUGAUUGAUUGAUACACAUUUAACGUUCUUCUCCUUCUUCUAUUGAAUUCAUGCAGCUUCACUGAUCUUUUUGUUUUGAAAUUUUCUCACUGAUGUAAAUUUAAGAGUUAAUACAAUGCCUGGAGCCGCGUAAGGGUCGUCAACACUGGUGUAAAAUGAUGAGCACCUAAGCAUAGUCGGCUUACUAGCCGAGGCUAGUAACAUACGGAUUCAGACGCCUCAUAAUCUCUGGUCACUUACAAUUUAGAGGAACUUGAAAUUUGUUUGAAAGAUGGCUUCAGUAGAGGAGCAGAUAGAUCAUGACUUUGAUGAAGAAAUCGGUUCUGGCUCUAUAGAACUUGGGAGAAAAGUCUCUAAUUUUGGUGUUGAGAUGACACUUGAGGCUAACACAACCAUGCUCAGAAAAAUAUUGAUUAGAUCAAUCAUGAGCUUACACUUUGUUUUAUCUAAGGAAAAAAUCUGCCUGAUGCUACCUUUUGGUCCCUUGGCAUUACUGCUGCAUUAUCUUACUGGAAACCAAAAUAUCAUGUUUUAUUUGGGCUUAUUGGGCAUGAUUCCUCUGGGCGAUCGUCUAAACUAUGCCUCUAAGGAGCUUGCUUACUACACACGGCCCAUAGUGAGGGUUUAUCUGUUAGCCAUUUUUAGCAAUGCAACUGAUAUGAUCAUAUCCAUUCAUGCACUGAGAAAUGGAAUGUUGAGCACUGUUCGGGAAUCUUUACUGGGCUCUGUCUUGUCAAACCUGCUUCUUAUUCCUGGUUGUGCUUUCUUUACUGGAGGGAUUGUCCAUUCUAUGAGGUUGCAGUACUUCAGUAAGGCAUCUGCUACAGCAAGAUCUGGGUUGCUCUUGAUGGCUGUCAUGGGAAUAAUGUUUCCAAAUGUGCUUCACUUCACUCACACAGGGGUUCAUUUUGGAAAAUCAGAGUUAUUUCUAUCCAGAUUCAGUAGCUGCAUAAUGCUGGUGGCGUACGCUUGUUACCUCCAUUUUCAAUUUCAAAUUAAGCAGAGUCUUGAUGAUACUCUUACUCUGGAGGAAGUUGAUGAGGAGGAAGUAUGUGGAUUAAGCAAAUGGGAAGCAAUCGGCUGGCUAGCUCUAUUAAUAGCAUGGACAUUUGUAUUAACGAAACACCUUGUAGAUGCGAUCCAGGUUGCAUCAGAGUCAACGAACAUACCACAGGCUGUGAUAACUGGUAUUAUACUUCCCCUUGUAGAACGUGCAAGUGCUAUCAUGUUUGCCAUGAAGGACAAGAUGGAUAUAACGCUUGAAGAUGCUGUUGGAUCAUCUAUACGUCUAAUUAUGUUUGUGAUGCCCUUCAGCGUGCUUGUUGGCUGGUUCAUGGGGCUAUGGUUGGACUUGAAUUUUCCACUUUUCCAGACAGCUGUACUUCUGAUGUCUGUCCUAAUUUCAGCAUAUGUUCUGCAGGAAGGGUUCUCACAUUAUUUGAAAGGGUUGAUGCUUUUACUAUGCUAUUUGAUUGUUGUGGCCAGUUUUUUGGUACAUGUAGAGCCUGAUUCAGAGGAUUAAGGAUGUGUAUGCAGAAGGAUCAGUUACGGCCAACAAUUUCUUCACAGCUUGUGGUUAUUUUCUGCAAGGAUGGAUUGGAUUAGCUCCCAUCACGUGUUUUGGUUUCAAGAACUAAAUCUGGAAUUUGUAACCUAUAAAACCUUAAGAUAUGGCCUAAAAUAUUUAUCAUAUAUGGCCUAAAACCUUAACAAUUAUUUCCUGCACGGAUGGAUUGGAUUAUUGUUUAUUGUGUCGCAUACUGAAUUAUGGGAAUUGGUUAUUGAUGUAUCUAUAAAAAUUAUAAGAGGCCACAAAAGCUGCUGAAACAAAGCACA